GUCAGAAAGACAACCGCCCUGGAGGCAAGUUCCAGCUCACAUUUCCAUUGCGUACUAACUAUAUGUACGCCAAGGUGAAGAAGAGCCUGCCGGAGAUGUAUGCCUUCACCGUGUGCAUGUGGCUCAAGUCCAGCGCCGCGCCUGGGGUGGGUACACCCUUUUCCUAUGCUGUGCCCGGCCAGGCCAACGAGCUGGUCCUCAUCGAGUGGGGCAACAACCCCAUGGAGAUCCUCAUCAAUGACAAGGUGGCCAAGCUGCCCUUCGUAAUCAACGAUGGCAAGUGGCACCACAUCUGUAUCACCUGGACCACACGGGAUGGGGUCUGGGAAGCCUACCAGGAUGGCACCCAGGGUGGCAAUGGCGAGAACCUGGCCCCCUAUCAUCCUAUCAAGCCACAGGGUGUGCUGGUGCUGGGCCAGGAGCAGGACACUCUGGGUGGUGGGUUUGAUGCCACCCAAGCAUUUGUUGGCGAGCUGGCCCAUUUCAACAUCUGGGACCGCAAGCUGACCCCGGGCGAAGUGUACAACCUGGCUACCUGCAGCACCAAGGCCCUGUCUGGCAAUGUCAUCGCCUGGUCUGAGUCCCAAAUUGAGAUCUAUGGUGGAGCCACCAAGUGGACAUUCGAGGCCUGUCGCCAGAUCAACUGACCUCUCCAGGCCAGGGCUGAGCCCCCGGCCCCUCGCCCGCCUUCCCUGCUUGUGCGGUGAUGAUCCAUCGUCUCUUCUUUCCCUUUCUCCUAGGAAUGAAUCAAGGCCAUGGCCCCUGCACACACACACACAGCCUGGUUUUGUCCUCCUCCUGCACAUGAAGCAGUCCUGGCUCUCCUUUGUCCCUGAGGACACCCCACUUCUCCCUAGGAGCCCCGACUGUUUCCCAGGCAUGCCCUAUUCACAGCUAAAGCAAGCGGCAUCAACUCUGAACAAUGCAGAAGUAGGUGAGAG